GGCUUCAACGGCCGCGGGGGGGGGGGGGGGGGGGUCGGCUUCGCGCCGGCUGGGUGUCGUGAGCGGGGCCCCGCUGGAACGGGCCGGGACCGGACGGGGAGACGACGGAGGACGGAAGGUUUCCCCUGACGCCUGCUCACCUGGCAGAGCCGGUGCGGACAAACCGCAGGUUUUGGCGUUACGUGGCUCCUGAGAGGUGUCGCGAUCCACGAUGUUGCCGGUGAGGUCAGGAGCUUCUGCAGGCAAAUCCCUCUGAGCUGCUGAAAAGCUCUGACGGCGGAUCUCCCUGUCCCGAUUCAAAGCUGAAGUGUCUUUCUCCUGAUUUUUGUGCGUGCACUGGAUCAAACCUGUUCGUGGUUGUCAGCGUCAAGGAGCCUUAAUACAGGUGGAAAGAGCUUCCUUCAUGAGAGCAUAUAGCACCACCGUAGCUCACAGGCUACACCUUCAUCGUGUGCUCUUUUCUCUGUUUUCUGCCAAGCUCUGGCUGGGAUGACUAAAGCUAUUCCUUAGUCUGGCUAGAUUCCUCAAGGGCCCCAGCACAAAAGAAAGCCAGUAGUGCUGAAAGGAAUGGAACUGGGCACUUGCACAACCAAAUGGACAGUAGAUUACUUGAGCCAAGCUGAAGGAUCUAAAGAAGUAAAGAUUCACGUUUCUGCAGUGCCACAGAUGGAUUUCCUCAGUAAGAACUUUGUGUAUAGAACUCUGCCUUUUGAUGUAUUUGUACAAAGAGCAGCUGAAGUCAAACACAAGGAGUACUUUCUUUCUGAGGAAGAAAAGUACUAUUUGCGAUCAGUGGGUGAAGAUGCUAGGAAGGAUAUUGCAGAUAUCAGAAAGCAGUUUCCUGUUUUGGCAGAAGAUGUUCAGAUUCCAGAGUAUUUUGAGAAGGAACAGUUUUUCUCUAGCGUAUUCCGCAUCAGCUCAGCUGGAUUACAGUUAUGGACACAUUAUGAUGUAAUGGAUAACUUCUUAAUCCAAGUAACAGGGAAAAAACGAGUUGUUUUGUAUAGCCCUCGAGAUGCACCAUAUUUAUAUUUAUCAGGUACUAAGUCAAAGGUGCUGGAUGUGGAUAACCCAGAUUUAGAGAAAUAUCCCCUUUUUGUGAAAGCCAAGCGCUAUCAGUGUUUUCUGGAAGCAGGAGAUGUGUUAUUUAUUCCAGCUUUGUGGUUCCACAAUGUAAUUUCUGAGGAAUUUGGAGUGGCACUGAAUGUCUUUUGGAAGCACCUUCCUGCUGAGUCCUAUGAUAAGAGUGACACUUACGGAAAUAAAGAUCCCACAGCAGCCUCUAGAGCUAUACAGAUCUUGGACAGGGCCUUGAAAACACUUGAAGAACUACCUGAGGAAUAUAGGGAUUUUUAUGCUCGGAGAAUGGUGUUACGCAUCCAAGAAAAAGCCUAUAGGAAUGAUUAUGGAUAAAAUAACACACUGUAGUUCAGCGAGCUCCUGUGAAAGUAGAAAAUGGUAUGUUAAUAUGGGAACUGUCCAUGUGUACAUACAUACACUUUCUGUAAGACUAAUAAAAACUAUGUUGAUAAAAA